UCCACCAAUCCGCAGUUGCGGCUCCUUGCGGCGGAUAAGAGCCAGUGCGCCGUGUUACUCUAUUACUCACGGUUUGAACUCACUCGUCUUGUCAUUUUUGGCAGGCUAGUGUGCGCCUGAUUACUACUACUACUUUCUAACCAAACGCAACUACACUUACACGCGAAUGGGAGGGCGACCACGACUUUGACUGUGUCGAAUCACUUUUGGCGCAAUCAGUACUGUCACUCCUUCGUGCGACAGCUGGCAACCUCGUCUUGGUUUCCCGAUGAUGACUUGAGUCGACCAGUGCGUGAGUAAAGGCCACUCCAUGCCAGAGCGUGAAGACAUGACUACGACCGUCGAUUCGGCCCUCGCUCACGACCCUUCAGCUAGCGACGUGUACGAUCCGGAUGACGUUUUUCCUCAGCACAGUCCCUUAAUGAAGGCUCACCGCCCCAAGCUUGAACCAUCGCCCUCCCCGCCGGCUAUACCACUUCCCAAAGUCAGUCUUCUUUCUCAAAACGGUCGGAAAUCUUCUAAUCGUCGACAAAAGAUCCGCCCGAGCCUCGGCGAUGCAGUCUUGAUCCACUACCUCGACGGUGGAAAAAGGCCAGAUAUCGUCGCCGAGGCGUGGUCGAACCCUUUAUCGUUUCGCGGCGACGACGACGACGACGCUCACAGCAAAGGGGAAACGGAAGAGACGUUCGAUGGAUCGGGGGACGAGGAGGAUACAAGGAGCCACGAAGAAAUGUCACCAGUUCCCAGGCAACGUCGCAAUAUACGCGCCACCGACGCACCCGGAUCAAAGUCCAUAGAUCUGCAGUUUCUCGCGACAAAUGCCGUGGACAUGCUUACCGCUGCUAAAGCGGCUUCAAAAAUCGUAGAUCCAACGGAUUGCUCACAGGCUCCAGAUGACGAUUCUAGAGUCGCACAAAGAACGGUACAGGGUCAGGCCUCGAGGAUGGACGGUGCGCGAGACGAGAAUACGAUGAAGGAUGCAAAUAGGCCGGUUCUUGCCGCGCCUAUCUCCCCUUAUCCGUCGCAGACUUCGCAAGAGAUGUUCUCUCCUCGGCAUUUUACGCCAGGUCAAGGAAUGCUGAUGCAUCCUAGCAGCGUUCAACGUUCACCUCCUGGUCUAAGUCCUCCUACAGGUCAUGGGGAGUUACCUCCGAUCCAGGAGUCGUCCCCAAAAUCCGACACGACUAACCACGAAUCUCUUCCGUCCAUAAGAUCUACACUACUUGAACAACUUACAGGUCCCCCGAAAGAUUUGGCUAUGCGUAAUGGGCAUCAGUUUCCUCACUCUCCCCCAGGAGGACCGCCACGGAUUGGCGGAAUUUCCGGGAGUCAUGCUUCGCCUCCAAUAUCCCCGAAUGAUGCAUAUCGUCACCAAAGUCAAAGCAUACCUUCUCCACCUCAUACGCUUCCCACUAUGAGUCCUUACGGGUAUCCUCCGCAGCAUAACAACACGAACCAGUAUCGGCAGAACCUAGAUUACAGCAGCGGUAGCAAUGCGAACACGCCAAGCGGUAGCGGUGAUGCCUCCACCCCUGCUACAUCGAUUACGAUCACCGAGCGGAUGAGUAUUGAUGCCAUUUCAAAUCCGGUUGGCGCCUUUAUGUGUACGGUGCAGGGCUGUAAUGCGCCUCCGUUCCAGACACAAUACUUGCUCAAUUCACACGCGAAUGUGCACUCUUCCGCCCGUCCGCAUUAUUGUUCCGUGAAAGGUUGUCCGCGAAGCGAAGGCGGGAAGGGCUUCAAACGAAAGAACGAGAUGAUUCGUCAUGGGCUUGUCCAUGAUUCGCCUGGGUACGUGUGUCCGUUCUGUCCAGAUAGGGAGCACAAGUACCCAAGGCCGGAUAAUCUGCAAAGACACGUACGAGUUCAUCACGUCGAUAAAGACAAGGAUGAUCCUGCCCUUCGCGAUGUGCUUUCGCAGCGUCCGGACGGACCUAACCGAGGACGGAGACGCCGCGGCGGCCCGUGAAGCUCCAUCGGGAGUGAUUGAUGAAACGAGAGAACGCGAAGAAUGAUUGCUUCCGACGUUAUGAUAUAUUGCCAUUCGAAUCUUAG